AAGAGACCGUUCGAACCAGCAAGCAGAAAAGCUAUUGGUUGGCUCUGGAAGCUCGAGGAAUCCUCAUUCAUCCGCUUGGCGUUGCUUCGUGGUUUAUUGUUUCUCUCCGUUUCGAAAUAGAACAGGGAAAAGUCACCGGCGACAUGGCAGGAGGAAAGGCUGGAAAGGACAGUGGUAAAGCUAAGGCAAAGGCUGUUUCUCGCUCCCAGAGGGCUGGACUCCAGUUCCCGGUAGGUCGUAUCCACAGACACCUGAAAACCAGGACCACCAGCCAUGGCAGAGUGGGAGCCACCGCAGCCGUCUACAGCGCCGCCAUCUUGGAGUACCUCACCGCUGAAGUGUUGGAGUUGGCAGGGAACGCCUCCAAGGAUCUGAAGGUGAAGCGUAUCACUCCACGUCACUUACAGCUGGCCAUCCGGGGAGAUGAGGAAUUGGACUCGCUCAUCAAGGCUACCAUCGCUGGAGGAGGUGUGAUCCCUCACAUCCACAAGUCUCUGAUUGGAAAGAAGGGCCAACAGAAGACUGCAUAGAGGAAGUGACCUCCCACAUCACCAGGAAGGAAUGGGCAGCCAUGUUCAUUUUGUUUCUCAUAUUUUUGGGGGGGGAAUUUUGUAACCAUAGUUGUAGUCUCUCGAGGGAGAUGUGUAGUCUUUGAGGUAUGUGUUGAUUUGUACUGUUUUAAAGGGGUGUGUUUUAGGGUAGGGUUUUUUGCAGACAAGAAACUUGUGCAAUAACCACGUUUCCAUCCACAGUUUUUAUGCGAGUAAAGUCAUAGUGUAUAAAAAAAACAAGACAGCAGUGAUGGAAACAGGAAUUUUCGGUACAAUUUUAUAAAUGCCAACAGACAAUUUGUUCGUUAGACAUGGUGGGAUCUUUUUGUGUUGGUAAAAUGUAUGAUGUGAGAAAUGCCAGUGAAAACUCCUUUAUGCACAAAUAUUGAUAAGAAGAAACCAUGCAUUUUAUUAGGCUACAGAUUAAAUUUUAUGAUGAACUUCACAGGGUGGUGGAAGUGUAUGGUGAUGAGCUUGAUGCUUCUGUCCAAUAACCACAGAGUAGGCAUAUUUGCAAGUUAAUGCAACAAUUUUUGUCAUCACACACACAUUUCUAUCUGUAAAAGGUCCGUUUUGGUAGAAAUGCCACUGAUGGAAAAAUGCAUAUUUUAAUUAUCUACAUUUUUGAGUAUUCGCAUAAAUCUGUUGCCAAUUGGAUGGAAACCUAGCUACUGACCAACAAAUGCUGAAGUUCUUGUCAUGUUUUGAAAAACUUUGAGUUGAUUGGAUUUUUGCUACAAACUUGUUUUCUACCUACAAAAGAUAAAGUCUUUUUAAAAAACUA